AUGUCGCCGCUUUCACCGGCUUCAGCGAAAGCCAUUGAACGGUUGCGAUUGUACACUCCGCCGGAUACAGCAUGGCCCUCUAUGCCUCUCUCGCGAAGAGCUGCCGUUCUGAUCCUACUGUUUGCUGAUGAAAAAGGUGAAUUACGAGUAGUGAUCACCAUGCGUGCCAGCACUCUAAGUUCGUAUUCCGGUCACGCAGCCUUACCAGGAGGCAAAGCUGAAGAUGGCGAGACCGCUUUCGAAGUUGCCAGACGUGAGGCGUCAGAAGAAAUCGGCCUUCCAAGACGUGCAUCGGCCCUGCCACCACCAUUCAGAGUCGAGCACUUGUGUGAGAUGCCGACGAAUUUAGCGAAAACCGAACUUGUGGUCCGCCCGUGCGUGGCCUUUCUACAUUCUUAUGAUCCGGAGACGGGACUGGAUGCCAGUGUUGCGGAGAGACUACUUCCCCGACUGGAUGCGAGAGAGGUGGCCGCUGUGUUCUCAGCGCCGUUUAAGAACUUCCUGUACACGGAAGAUCUUCCUGGCCAGCCCAAUUUGCCUGGCAAGCCAAGUGACUGGUACAAAGGCUCAUGGACCGAUUGGCACCAGAGUCGAUGGCGGAUGCAUAAUUUCUUUGUUCCAGUCACAAAUCAGAUUGUUUCGAAGCCGAAGAAAAGCGAAGGACAAAGAGUUGCGGCCAGUAAUCUGGACCAAUAUUCAAGAUACAGAGUAUUUGGCAUGACUGCCAGAAUUCUUGUCGAUGCUGCUCGCUACGCAUAUGAGCAAGAGCCGACCUUCGAGCACAACAGCCACUUUGGGGACGAGGACAUGAUAAAUCGACUUCGCAAAGUUGGGCGGCUCGGAGACAGAAGAAAACCAACAGAUGAACUUACGAAGGAGGAUCUGGUCAAAGCUGCGAAUCUGUGA